ACUAUGCAUAUAAUAAGCAUUAGUUCAAUAUCUGAAGUCCAAAUGGACUUCACAUCCGACUUCUACUUCCGUCAGGGAUGGAGAGACACAAGACUAUCAUUUGAGAAGAGGCCCGGAAUCGAUGCCCUGUAUGUCGGGGCAGAAGUGUCUGACCGGAUAUGGGUUCCCGACACGUUCUUCGCCAACGAGAAAUCGGCUCAAUUUCAUAGUGCAACCACUCCUAACACUUUCAUUAGGAUCACAUCCAAAGGCGAAAUAUUGCGCUCAAUCAGACUCACAGUGACAGCGAGUUGUCCAAUGAAUUUGCAAUACUUUCCAAUGGAUCGACAGCUCUGUACCCUUGAAGUCGAAAGCUACGGCUAUUCAAUGGCGGAUAUUAUGUAUAAAUGGGGUAUUGAUGGCAAAGGAUCGGUUGGGAUGUCUGACCAAGUUGAAUUGCCUCAAUUCAAAGUUAAGGGACUCAAACAAUUACAAAAAACUGAAUAUUUAAGCACAGGCAAUUACUCGAGAUUAGUUUGCGAGAUAGAGUUCGUCCGAAGUAUGGGUUAUUACUUAAUCCAGAUCUAUAUUCCCGCCAGUCUUAUAGUGAUUAUUAGUUGGGUGUCAUUCUGGUUGCAUAGGAACGCAACCCCAGCUCGGGUUCAAUUGGGAGUAACGACUGUCUUAACGAUGACAACACUCAUGUCGUCGACAAACGCGGCGUUGCCUAAGAUAUCGUAUAUAAAGAGUAUCGACGUAUUUCUGGGCACGUGUUUCAUACUGGUGUUCGCGUCACUCGUGGAAUACGCGGCCGUCGGAUAUAUGGGCAAAAGGAUAGCCAUGAGAAAAGCGCGAUCACAACAGUUGGCUAAAAUCGCGUUUGAAAACAGACAGAAAAACACUUUGGAGACCAACUUAGAGCCGCGUUCCUCCAUAUAUCCCAUCCAAUCUUCGCCAUUCAAUCCGUGUAUUCCGCGGCCAAGAAAUAUAAGCGGAGUUCCGGAAAUGCGUUACAGAAUGGUUGAGACGAAGACAAUGAACAGACCUUCCAUUGAUUACAAUCCGAAGAAAAAGGUGUCGAUUGUGGCGACAGAAGAAGCAGAGGAAGGGACGGCCGCCACUCCGACAACACCACCGCCGGCACCGAUUCCCGGCGCCAGAAACCCAAACACACUGUUUGGCGUCUGUCCGAGUGAUAUCGAUAAAUACUCACGAGUGGUGUUUCCCGUUUGUUUCCUAUGUUUUAAUCUCAUGUAUUGGAUUAUAUAUAUGCAUAUAAGCGAAUUCCUCAACGAAGAACUCGCCAACUGAUCCAACACUUGAAGCUAUUCUUCAAACGUUUUCAUUUGGAUUGCGUUACAAAAUAAUUACUCUAUUAUUUAGAUCUCAUUGAAUCUCAAUAAAAAUAUAAUUUAGACCU